GCAGAGGAUGAAGGGGUUCUUCCUUCUCUACACAUUCCUAAUGGCUCCUUUGAGACAAGCCACACGACUCCCCGCUGGGAAGCCUCGCUGAGCUAACAACCACCUGCAGCUGUUUCUCUCCCUUCCUCCCUCCCUGGUCCUCACUCCUCUAAAAUGCAGACAUUCCCCCUCACUCCCCCGGGUGCUUCUGCCCCCAGCUCACCCAGGAGCACCCAGAGCAGGGGGAACCCUGUGUCCCCUCCAGCCCUGCUGUGUCUCACCUGCAGGUGGAACCAGCUCCCGCUCUGCUGAUCAUGGUCAACAAGACCUUAAAUUACUGGGGUCCCGGUUUCGAGGAGGACGUUAUCAACAUCAACGUGGGGGGUCUGAGAAGGCGGCUCAGCUCCAGUGCCCUCUCCAAGUUCCCCGACACCCGCCUGGGCCGCCUGCUCUCCUGUGACUCAGAGGAGUCCAUCCUGCAGCUCUGUGAUGACUACGACGUGAGCGCCAGGGAGUUCUACUUCGACCGCAACCCCGGCUUCUUCCUCUACGUCCUCCACUUCUACCAGACCGGGAAGCUGCAUGUCAUGGAGGAGCUGUGCGUCUUCUCCUUCUGCCAGGAGAUCGAGUACUGGGGCAUCAACGAGUUCUUCCUGGACUCCUGCUGCAGCUACCGCUACCACGAGCGCAAGCUGGAGAGCAGGCACCACAACUGGGACGAGGAGAGCGAGGUCAGCAGCGUGGACACGUCCCCCGAUGAGAUCUCAGACAUCAACCACGAGCUGCUGCGCUACAGCACCCUGCGCUGCGGCAACCUGCGCAAGCGCCUCUGGCUCACCAUGGAGAACCCCGGCUACUCCAUCCCCAGCAAGCUCUUCAGCUUCGUGUCCAUCAGCGUGGUGCUGGUUUCCAUAGCCACCAUGUGCAUCCACAGCAUGCCCGAGUACCAGGAGGUGGAUGAGAACGGCAACAUGCUCGACGAACCCAUCCUGCACAAGCUGGAGUAUUUCUGCAUUUCCUGGUUCACUUUCGAAGUGUCUUCCCGCCUCCUGCUCUCCCCCAGCCCCAGGAAGUUCUUCAAACACCCGCUGAACCUGAUUGACAUUGUCUCAGUGUUGCCCUUCUACUUCACCCUCGUGGUGGACUUGACUGUGGGCAACGACUCAGAGCUGGGCAACCUGGGCAAGGUGGUGCAGGUGUUUCGGCUCAUGAGGAUAUUCCGGGUGCUGAAGCUGGCUCGGCACUCCACUGGACUGAGGUCCCUGGGGGCCACCUUGAAGCACAGCUACCGGGAGGUGGGGAUCUUGCUGCUCUACCUGGCCGUGGGGGUCUCUGUUUUCUCCGGUGUGGCCUACACAGCUGAGAAGGAGGAAGACGUUGGUUUCGACACCAUCCCGGCCUGCUGGUGGUGGGGCACGGUCAGCAUGACCACCGUGGGCUACGGCGACGUGGUGCCUGUCACCGUGGCUGGCAAGCUGGCUGCCUCGGGCUGCAUCCUGGGGGGCAUCCUGGUGGUGGCACUGCCCAUCACCAUCAUCUUCAACAAGUUCUCCCACUUCUACCGCAAGCAGAAGGCGCUGGAGGCGGCCGUGAGGAACAGCGGGAAGAAAGACGCCGAGGAAGCGGAGAGCAUCUCCAGCCAUGAACAAGACUCAGAAGCUCUGAGUGACACCUCCCUGGGCAGAGGCAGCCCCGACCGCCGUGGUCUGACCCCCAGUGCCCACCCUGCACCCUGACCCCGCUGCACCGGGGCUUGGGACCUGUUUCCUCCCUGAAGUGUUCAAGGCCAGGUUGGAUGGGGCUUGGAGCGACCUGGUCUAGUGGGAGGUGUCCCUGCCCGUGGCAGGGGGAUUGGGACUAGAUG